AGCAGAUCCCCUGUUAUAAAUGUGUAAAGAAACAUAACAUUUAUACACACCAGGGAAAUGGCAGAAAACCAUGCCUGGAACAUGCAGAGUUGGAGGUUUUUCUCUAAUAAUCAGGAUAAAGGUUUUUUAACUGCAUGUGAAUGAACUUUAUGGUUUUUUCUGAUGCAGAGAUGGCAAUCAAAACACAGAUCUUUAACCUUUGCACAUCAACAGCUGAAGCGAUGCUGACAUUGAUGGAGAAAUGAAGGUGUUUUUUGGGGGGUAGGGUUGAUUGCCUCCAAACAAACUCAAGUGCAUUUUAUUCAUGCAAUUCUUCUGUACAUUUUAUGGCUAUACCAUGUACCAUUCUUUCAUCAAACCUGUGUACUUAGAGACUGCAUUAAUACAGUUACAUUUUGAUAUGAGUGGUAGGGAGCUCAUUUUGAUGUGUGGGUUUGGAUCACAGAUGCUUUCUUCUGAGAGGGUUGUAGAAUGUUUAAAGUCUUUCCUGUUUAUUUUACAUUCAUUGCCUCUAGCUUUGCUAUUAGCAGUGCCGGCUUUCUCAUUGGGCUGAUUGGCACCAUGUACACACUUCAGAUAACACCAAUGGGGUGACAUAUGUUUGUGCUCCAGAAAAGCUAGAAACAAGAAAUACCAGGCAUGCCAAAGCCUUGAUAUGCUGUCUCCAUCCAAUAUAUUGUUUAUAUAUCCCAAUGGCUGGGGGUAGCCACACAGGUUUUUAUAUUAAUGGCUUAAGAAGUAGUUCAGGUUUUUAUUUUCUUCUUUUUCCUCUUCUGUCUCUUUCUGUUUCUGUAGAAUUCGAGUGGGCGACAUUGUCUAAAAAUUCCAAGACAUUUCACAGAAUGCUUGAUGGAGUUGUGAUUUUUUCCCCCCUUUUAGUCCUUAGCAUAUGUGGGUUCCUGUCAACUUGUUCACAAACUGCUCUGAUUGGGAUAAUUAUUAUAUCACAGUAGUUCAUCUGCCUCUGUCAAUUGCUCCCCCUCUCUCUCCCUCUCUAUCUCGGCUGUGCAAUAAUCAAGUUGUCCCCUUCCUGUUCUUGUUAAUACAAUUUAGAGAAGUUCAACUGCACUACUAGUGUGAAAGAGAGAGAGAGAAAGAGAGAGAGAAUAUAUUGGAAGCAUUUGGAUUUACCUAGAUUUUUGAUAAUAACAGAAUGUGGAUGUGUUCAAUUGCAAUGCUUAGUUGUGGGUAUUGUUGGAAUUUCGAAAAACAUUUCAUGAGCUUGGAAUAACUCAAUUUUAUUGAUAAUCAUGAGUGAGAAGAAGAGAUCCAGUUUGUCCCAGGCUUUUAACACUCUUCAGAGGAGAAUGAGUGGAGGAUCUAACAGACUCUCAGGUUCAAAUUCUAAAAAAUUAAAAGAAAAUGAGAAGCCAAUCAUUUCCAAUCCCUCCAACUUUGAGCACACAGUACAUGUGGGCUUUGAUCCCCACACUGGAGAAUUCACAGGGAUGCCCGAGUCAUGGGCCAAACUUCUGUCUCAGUCCAACAUCUCCAAGAUGGAGCAGAAGAAGAAUCCACAGGCCGUGCUGGACGUGCUGAAUUACUACGAUGCUACAAAUAAAGAACAACAGGAACCGAAGAUGAAAUAUAUGACCAACAUUAAACCGCCCAGUGCUGAUUCCAUGCGUCCCACCCUCUCUGACAAGUUCUCUAACAAUGUGGUCAUCUCACCUCAGAAGGUGGAACAAGCCACCCACGCUUCUGAAGAAGAGGAAGAGGAGGCACCCCCUCCAGUGGCCACCCGGCCCGACAAAACAAAGUCAAUUUAUACAAAGCCAAUUGAGAUAGAAGAGAAGACAAAUGGUGCUAUUGCUACAAAUAAAAAUGAUAAACCCAAGAAACGCAAAAUGACAGAUGAAGAAAUUCUGGAAAAAUUACGAACAAUUGUUACCAUUGGUGAUCCAAAUAGGAAAUAUACAAAGAUGGAGAAAAUUGGACAAGGUGCAUCAGGAACUGUGUAUAUUGCAAUAGAAGUAGCUACUGGGAGGGAGGUAGCCAUUAAAACAAUGAACUUAUCUCAGCAACCAAAGAAAGAACUGAUUAUCAAUGAAAUUCUAGUGAUGCGGGAAAACCAGAAUCCUAAUAUUGUGAAUUAUCUGGACAGUUAUUUGGUGGGAGAGGAAUUAUGGGUUGUCAUGGAAUACUUAGCGGGAGGAUCUCUAACAGAUGUUGUCACCGAAACAUGUAUGGACGAAGGACAGAUUGCAGCUGUUUGUAGAGAGUGUUUGCAAGCUUUAGAAUUUUUACAUGAGAAUCAAGUCAUCCAUCGAGACAUCAAAAGUGACAAUAUCCUGCUGGGAAUGGAUGGCAGUGUCAAACUCACCGACUUUGGUUUUUGUGCUCAGUUAUCUCCUGAACAAAGCAAAAGGUCCACAAUGGUUGGAACACCAUAUUGGAUGGCUCCAGAGGUCGUCACAAGGAAACAGUACGGUCCAAAAGUUGAUAUCUGGAGUUUAGGUGUUAUGGCCAUAGAAAUGAUUGAGGGAGAACCACCAUAUCUUAAUGAAAAUCCCUUAAGGGCACUGUAUCUCAUAGCAACCAAUGGUAAACCAGAAAUCAAAGAAAAACACAAACUCUCCCCUGUCUUCCAAGAUCUCCUUGAUAAAUGCCUGGAGGUGGACGUAGAAAAAAGAGCUUCAGCUUCAGAACUUUUAAAGCAUCCCUUCCUUCGGUUAGCAAAGCCACUGGCCAAUUUACAGCCACUCAUACUAGCUGCCAAAGAAGCUCAAAAAGGACACUGAACAAAUUCAUAUUAUGCAAUAUCUCUGUGUUUAUAAGGUUGUAUAACUGAUCUGUUGGAAGAACAGUGCGUGAAUGGAGAAACUACAAUGAGAGGGAACUGGCUCUUCUUUCUUUUUUCUCAGAAUCGUAAUAUAAGGGACCUGAUUACAUGAAGUCUUUCAGUAACACUGCUUCUGACUGCCUGAGUGAUGAAUGUGUUAUAGCUUUACUUGUCUUCAAGCCUGCUAGUUAACAGUACUGGACAGACCCCCUACGGCCCUCCUUCAUUCUUCUCGGCUACAUUGUGAUAUUGGUGACCUAAAGCUCUCAAUUUUUAACAACAUUUAUAUGUGUGUAAGAAACAUAAAACAAGUCAUAGCAAUAAUUUUUAUCAUUAUUCAUUAGUAGCUUUAAUGUUUAUUUUUCGUUUUGUUAUUGGUUUGAUAAUUUAUCAUACAUUUUUCUUUACAUUAUUUUUAAAUUAUCAUCUUUUUCAUGAAAAAUUAUGUUAUUGAACUAAAUGUACUGAUAUUCAUUUUGUAGAGACACAAUCUCAAAAAGAUUUGAAGUAAAUCUUUUGAAUGAAUAUGUUGCAUGUCAUAGUUUGAUAGUGAUUAUGAUCAAGAGGAAAACUAAAAACAUUCAAGUCUGUAGACAGCUAUAUAGCUAAAAGCUGAUAUUAGAAAUCUUUGUUCAUAGAAUGAUCAUCAUGCUAUUUAAACACAGCUGCCAUUUAUAAAUUGUAAUUGACUGAAAAUUUUGUGAAAAAAAAGUCAAGUCGUUUCAUUUGGUAUCCAUGUGGUUGUGAUUCUAUUACAUAUUUUCUAUGCAUAUGACAUAGUGACUUGUAUGACAUAGUGACAUGUAUGUCAAAUGUAUGACACAGCUGUCAAAUCAAAUGGAUGUAUUGAAAAGUAUUAGAAUGUGCUUGUAACUGAAAGCUCUUUUAUUUGUAGAUUACAGACAAUGUUUAUGAAUUAAGUGUAUUCAUUAAUACCAUGUAUUAUGAUAAUACUGAAAAAUUAAAAGUACUGAUCAGUGAUCUAACUUAAUGGUUCAAACAUUGUAAUGUGACUGUAUUAUAAUCAUAGAAUACAUUGUUUGAAGAAAAAAAACUGUGU